UUAUUGGAGGGGUUUGUUCUCUCAGGAGGCCCAGAAGAAGGUGUCAAGCUUCCUAGUGAAGCUGAGGAUGAAGAAUCCUUUGCAGAUUACUGAUAACAGGUCCAGUUCGGAGUCAGAGCGAGCUAACGCUGAAGUUCGCCAGGGGGCAGUCAUACAGUCUUCAGUAGAGGGCAAAGCUCUCCGCAGCACGCAAGGAACUAUCCAUAAUAACUCACCGCAGGACUCCCCACCCACUGGCACUGAUAAGAGUUGCAGAGGGGCAGAGGAAUCUACAUCCCCAGAUAACAUUGACAGCGACAGGAAGAAGAUAAAUUUCCCACUCCUCUUCACCAAGACAGCCGUGGCUGGGAUCACCACCAACCCCCUUCUCACUGAGAAUGACCGGCCCAGCGGGAAGCUUUCUGUCAAGGCAGAAAAUGCCCAUAAGACUGUGAUGGUGGCCGGUAUCCCAGAGGAGAUCGGUGUUGGAGCUAAGGUCAUGCAGAAGACCUUACCGGCCAUGUCCAAGUUCAGCUGGUUACGACCCAGUCCAAGUGAAGAAGAUGACAAAGUCCAGGGCAAAGUCAAAGACUUCCUCAAGACCAAACUAGGUGAACAGAAAGAAGAUAACGUCUCGCCAAUAGCCAAAGAACCUCUGAGAAAAGGGUCCUCCCAUGGAGCAGAACAAGGCAAAGGCAGGGACUAUAGCAGGAGGAAAGCGCCCCUCUCCUACGACAUACAGCACAGACUCAACCAAGCCAUGACAGAUUCAGACAGACUCAAAGCUAGAGAGGUCAUCAAGAGAAGCGGAACCAUCCGCUGUGAGAAUCUCCAGCAAAGGCCCAACCGACAGAAGCCAGAGUUGGAGCGAUUCAAACCCAGGGAUAUCACCAAGAGGAGGGCCAUCAUUCCAUGUGAUGAGCUGCAGCAAAGGCCCCAUCAGCCAAUGCCAAAGCCAGAUAAAGCUGCCCUGGUUAAACUCCCAGCGAUUCCACGGUGGUCGGGCUCCAUCUCAUAUGAGGAGUACCAGAAGCUGAACCAGAAGAUGCCAGACAGCACCAUCAACACAGAGGACCUGGAGGAGUUCUUAAACUCACUGGGCAUUACUCAUAUUGAAGACCUGGCAACUACGGUGCCUGACGAUCCCCUGAUCGAUGCCCAGUCUGAUGCCUUCAAAGAAGUCUUUGAGCAGUUUGCAAAGAACAGCGAUGGCUCUCUCAACGAGGAGGGCCUGGCGUCCACGCUGGACAGAGUGGGGAUCAGUAUCAGCCCAGAGGAGGUGAAGAAAGCCCUGCAGAAGGCCGACUACGACAAGGACGGAGAGGUGGGGUUUCAAGAUUUCCUGCAUGUGAUGGUGGACAGCCAGCGCUUCACCAAGUGCUUGAAAGGAGCGGACCCAUCCCAGUCUGUUGAGGUGUGUGAGACAGUGUUUUACAAGGCCCUGACCAGGAUGCUGGCUGCUGGUAUCCUGUCCAGUGGUACUACAACAGAGAUCGUACAGUACUACCAUAAAAAGACUCUGAGGCUGAUCCGGCGGGCCGUGCGACCAGACAGGGAGGACGGGGACCAUGUUCUCACCUACUACACCAAGGGAGCUCAUCUCAUAGGCCUGAAGAGCAAGCAGCUCCUCAAGUACAUCCAGCCAGUGGAGACAAUUGUCCAAAGCCAGAAGGUGAAGGACAGCCCGUACUUGAGGUGUCCCAGCCUGAACGUGGCCUACACCUCCUGGGACCCCCGGCGCAUGUCCCUGAACCCUGCACAGAAGGCCAAAAUGGGCCGCGUGAAGUCUGUCAAGAUCUGGAAGACCGCUGAGAUCGAGGAUCGCAUCAGACAACUGUCAAUCAAGCACCCCGGGAUGGAGAAAAUGGAGAUGAUCACGCCUGUGAAGAUGAAGGUGAACAUGUCCAUGAAGGAGAGGGACCACCUCACUUACAAUGAGAUCAACCAGAUAAAGCAGAUGUCCAAAUCAAGUCUGAAGGAGUACCUGAAGGACCUGACCCAGCUGAAGCGCAGGGACAUGUGGAACUCCUGGGGCUCCCUUCAGUGUUACUGUGCCCUCCACAGCCGAAAGGACUUCCCCAAAACCUUCACCACCUACUCCUGGUCCUGGAGCAGCUGUCGCAACAUGAUGGAGACUGGUGACCUGGACGCUCCCUGUAGGUCCGCCCUACGCCCCCAUGUAGCCAACCACUGGAGCCCAUCGCCAGGAAGCUUCGUGCCUCGUCCAAUCAGGGAGGCUAAAAAGAGAAGACCCUGGCGGCAACCCCGUUGACAGGAAGAUCAGUACACUGUAGAAAAGAGGAAUAACACCAAUAGCAAUCAUAACAAUACUGAUACGAUCAAUUACCUUAACCACAAAGAUCCCAGCCACCCCCACUUCCUCUGACCACAGUCUCCACUCCCCCACCCCUCCUGAUCCCAGUCCCAGACUUCGACCAGAGCGGCUGUAGUUAUGAGUGCAACAACCCCCCCAUGUUAUGUGUACAAACAGGACCGGCCCCCUAGCUGAUCUGUUGCUCUGGGCCUAACUUACAUUAGCCCGCCCCUGAGGCCCCAUGAGAGGGGGGGGUGGGGGGGGGGGGGGGGGUGGAGGAGAGGACAUGCAGUGUCUCCCUGCUCAGCAGAAAUAAACCCAUCACCCCUGAAAAAAAUUGCAGAAUGAGUCAAACAAGUGUCACUGGUUUGUUUGAAAACUGCACCGUGCAAAAGUGAGGAGGAGGAGGGAUAGGUAGGGAGGGAUCUGGGGUCGAUCUGCAUGAAACCAUGAAGGGAACUGAAAGAGUGUUAUGGAAAGGGGGAAGUGGCAGUGCUUUAGUUGUUAAAUAGAGCUAAAUAUAUAAAUAAAUAUAUGUUGCCUGGA